AUGAAGCCUACCUCCAUCAUCAUCAACACUCUACUGUUGGUUGCACCUCUGGUAUCCGCAGCACCCACUGGUUCUUCCAAGCAGGAGCGAACGAGCAAGAACCCCGAGCGUUCACUUGAGUAUAUCCUGAACUGUUCUUCGGAAACCUACACCUACUUCUGCGGACACCAUGGCACAACCUGCUGGGGUCGUAGGGUCAUGGGCAGCCAGCCGUGUGUGGCUGCAUGUGAAUGUUCUCCUAUGAAUGUGUGCACUUUGUCUACUUGUGGCACCCCAUACUCUGGACACCUUGACGAGGACGCACAUGCCGAGGAGGGUGAUGGCAAUGAUGUUGCCUCCACUUCUUCAUCCACUUCUGAUGCUAGCACGGGUGGUUCCUCGGUGCCUGCUGUCUAA